AUGGAUCGUUUACAACACAAACAACAUAAUAUCGCAAAUUCGUAUAAAGAAAACAGGUUAUUCAAAGUGAAAUAUAACAUUUCAAAAGAUGCCAAUGGUUGGAACCAAUUGUGUUGGCCAACAACAAAGAGAGCGGCAAUUUUAGAAAAGUUACAACGUGAUUUAAAUUCGGUUCCCUCAAAUAAUUGGACGUAUCAAAAUUGUAAGAAAAAACGUGCCGGAUUUAAGAAUUAUGAAAGUGCUGAGUUACAGAUAAUGGAAUCAAAAGCUGAGACUGAAGAUGAAACAUUUCCAUUACCUACAGAGAAGCCGAAAAAACCUCCAACACGUACUAGAAAUUUGUUCAAUACUAUGUGGGAGACUUCAUGUAAUUUAAGUUCCAAUACCGAAGUAUCGUCAGUAAGUGUAUUCUUUAAUUAAAAUAUAAAAACAGAACAUUAAAUUGAUAAUUUGUCAAAUUUCUGACAUAUUUUGUUAUAAUCAUGUAAAAAUAUCGUGCAUUAAGAUUUGAGCUUUAACAUAUUGCUUAGUAUCUAGAGUCAUCACUUCAGGAAGAAACUGCAAUUUACAUGUAUGAUGAAGUCGUUUAUCGAGAAAAAGUAGUUGAACA